CGGCUCAGAGGUACAAGGGAGCCGGGCCGGACAUGGAGCCUGCGGCCCAGCCCGCGGGUGCUGCGCAGGAUGGGGAGGCCGAGCCUCAGCAACAGGCUCCGACCCAAACCAUCGAGGGCCACGGCCAGGUGCUGCUGCUGGGCAAUUUCUGGCAGCAGGAUGAGCGCUUCCUGACCCUGCAGGACAUUCUGGAGCAGAGCCCGACCAGUGGGCCCACUGGGCCCUCGUCCACCAGAGCCACAUGCGGUCACAGCAGCUCCAGCGACUGCUCCAGGCGGCGUCUCAAGCGCUCCAGCGACAGCUCCUCCAACGACACCGAAUGCCGGGCCGCCAAGUGCAAGCGCUCCACCCAGAAGCUGCCCCCUGGCAGGCUCAAGGCUGAGGACCCUUGCGGGUACGAGCGCGAGUCAGCUCGGGCUUCGGCCGAGACUCCCAGGUCCUGGGCGGCGGAGGAUGCGGCGUCGGCGUGCCAGGACCCUCCGCUGCCGCGGGAGCCGCCCGAGCAGGGCGCGCGGCUGCUGCUGGUGCUGUGCCGCGCGUCCGCGCUGCGCUCGCAGCUGCCGCGGCUGCAGCUGCUCCUGCAGCAGGUGCACGCCCGGCACCGCAGCCCGCCCGCCGCGCUGGUCGGGAUCGUGGUGCUGCCGCGGCCCGAGGAGGAGGCCGAGGCGCGUCGCCGCAUGGAGACCCUGCUCGGCAGCGCCUUCGCGCCGCACAGCCCGGCUGUGGAGGUGCACACCGCCGUGUUCAGCCCCAGCCGCCCCGAGGGCACCCUGGACAUCCAGCGCGCCACCAACGGAGCACACGAGGCCUCCACGCGGGGCUGCGUCCCCCUCGUGGAUCGAGAGACUCAGACAGAGGGGCCUCCGACUCGGGCGAGCCCACGCCCCUUCUGUUCCUGUACCACUUGCCCCGGCAGCUCUGCUUGCUGGCGUCGUCUGGGCCUGUGCCACAGCCGCAUCUUCGAUGUCCUUCUGCCUCGGGCCUGGCUGACCGUGUCAGGGAGAGGAUUCCCAAACCUCCUCACCUUCUACAGAGGACCUGCAAGGAAGCACACCAGUCAUCGUAAUUCCCGUGCUCCAGGCUCUCGGGACUGCAGCUGUGGCUCUGGGGGCCCUAGCAACUGCCUACUACGUCAUUGAAUUCCUGUGAACAAACCCCAGGCUCACGGUCCAGCAGAUCCAGUUUCCAUCAGGGAUCUCCCUUGUCACCAAAAUAGAACAAUAAAAAAAAUUCUGUUUCUUGA